AUGAAGCGGGGAAGAGGUGGUGGCCGCUCGGAGUCCCAGUUCCUUGGGAGCCUGGUCCAGCAGCUACGAAGUGCCGAAGAGAGCGCUAAUGCCAGAAAGCUGGUGUUCACCUCCAGUGACGGGGCGGUGCUGCUGGAGCAAAACGGCCGGGGGCUGCUGACGCAUGUGACCAUCAACCCCACGCUCGAGGGCAACACCAAGGCCAUCGAAAAGGCGGUCCUCGACGCUGCCUCCCUCAUGACACCACCGUUGCAGGACGACAAUACGGAGGGGCUGGAGGAGGCCAUCAGCGACGUGUUCGAUCAAGCCUUGGGCACCAAGAAUAAGAAAAAGAAGUCGUGA